AUGCUGCUCCCGUUGACAUCCGGCAACGUCAUAUUGGCUAUAAAAGAGUUUAUAAAAGUAUGGAUCACACAAAUCAUAUACUAUAACGAAAUAUAUCCGGUUGAGAUAUUUGAUAAGGUUAAAUCAUUUGAUUUAAUAGUAUUUGAAUCACGAAAUCCGAAUUUAAAUAAAUAUAUUGAAAGUUUUGUAAAAGAAUUUGUUCAAGUGUUAGUGUUUGGGUCACAAGAAGGUAAAAAUGCAGGAGGUCAUAAUAAAUCAAACGUUGAAGGAGGCAAAGUUAAUAAGAUGAUUGUAAUUAUUUAUGAUGAAAAGACAACCAAAAAUAUGAGAGAGUAUAAACUUAAUUUUGAUAAACUUAUUGAUUUAUCAUCAACGGUUAAGUCAUUAGAUCUGCUUGAUGAAUCAUUUCAAAAUAGUACUGAAGAUACGAUUGAAAAAUCAUCAAUUAUAAAUAUACCUGGAUUUACUUGGAAGGAAAUCUAUUCCCAAUUUAAAUCAAUACUAUAUCUACACGUUAUUGAAUUGAAAAGAUUACAAAGUCAAUUACAACAAGUUCCAAUAAAUGAUUAUAAUUUUAGCUCUAGCCAUAAUAAUAAUAACAAUUUUUUCCGAUUAUUAAUUAAUGUUAGUGAUUCAAUUGAUUUAAAUUUUAGUGAAAAUUCCAAAGACUUGAUACCAUCAAAUUGGAUUAAAUUAAAUAACGGUAAAUCUGACAAAAAGAAAAACACUAAAUUUAUCCCAAUUGGUGAAGUUAGUAUUGGAUUUAUUUGUUUUGAUUUAUAUAAUGAAUAUUUACGAUAA